AAUAUUUAUUCUUUUUUUUUACAGAUCUCACCAACUAACUCACCAUGUCUCUCGACGAGCAAUUCAAACAAGUCGCCGAGUCCGUAAGGAACUGGAAGACCAAGCCUGCAGACUCCGAGAACCUCGCCCUCUACUCCCUGUACAAGCAGGCUAUCGCCGGAGACGUCAACAUCCCUGAGCCCAGCGGCAUCGUCGAGAAGGCCAAGUGGAAGGCGUGGAGCGGCCGCAAGGGUAUCUCCGCCGAUAACGCAAAGAAGCAGUACAUCGACCUGGCCCAGCAGUAUGCGGGCAAAUACGCCUGAAUCCUAGUUUAAGUUUAUUUGUUAAGGAUUUGUUACUAAUAAAAUAAUAACUAAACUUUA